AAGAAAAGACGUUUAGCGCAUAAAAAAGUGGAUUUAUUUUAAACUCAAAAAAAUCAUACUUGUGGAUUAAUUUCGUAACAAAAUAAAAAUGGCUAGUGUUUGUAUGUCACAAAACAACUAUCAACAACAACAUCAUUUUGAAAUUGUCAACGGCAACAUGAUGAUGUUGCAACAACACCAUCAGCAACAACAAAUGCCUGUACAGGCUCAAUAUGUCAACAAAUUGCAACCUAUUGCUCCAGCUCAACCCAAAAUUUUGGGAACCAGCAACUUGCAAAAUAUCCAACAACAACAAGCUCCAGGACCCAUGAUGGCCAAGAAGAAGUACACUUAUGCCAACAUGCCCUAUGGUGAGCAAUUGCCCUCAGUAGCUCGUCGCAAUGCCCGUGAGCGUAACCGUGUCAAGCAAGUUAACAAUGGUUUUGCCAAUCUCCGUCAACACAUACCUCAAACCGUCAUCAACACUUUGUCCAGUGGUGGUCGUGGUGCCAGCAAGAAACUCUCCAAAGUUGAUACUUUACGCAUUGCUGUUGAAUACAUCCGUGGCUUACAAGAUCUUUUGGAAUCAUCCAAUCCAGCUGGUUCCUCUAGUAGCAUGCAACCACAACAACACUAUGAUGAAACCAGCAAUGAUGGCAGCAACUAUGGUUACUCUUCAAUCGGCAGUCCUGUUGACAAUCAAUCCUAUCAAAUGACCCAUUCACCCACCUCCUCCUACUCCGAUUCCGACAUCUCCAUCAAUGGUGCCAACAGUUUUGUACAACCUUUGAAAUUGGAAGAACCCGAACAACAAGAUUUCAAAUUUGAUUUCUCCGAACAACAUGAUGAUGAAGAACUUUUGGAUUACAUUUCAUCUUGGCAAGAUCAAUAAGUUGGUUAAAUACAACCAACUUUGCUACAAAAAAAAAACA